AUGAUGAUGAACGCGGCGUUUCUGGUGGUUUGCGGCCUUCUGGCGUCGGUCGCGUCGGCCGACGUGCAGAAGGUCUCGCUCAAGAAGUCCAAGCACGCCUUCCACCACCGCGACCAGCACCCGCUGGGCCGCCUGCACGCCGAGCUCCGCGACGACGGCGACGAUGUGCCGCUGUCGAACUUCAUGGACGCCCAGUAUUACGGACCGAUCGGCCUAGGCACGCCCGCGCAGCCGUUCACGGUCAUCUUCGACACGGGUUCGAGCAACCUGUGGAUCCCGUCGUCCAAGUGCACCUUCUCGAACAUCGCCUGCUGGCUGCACCACCGGUACGACUCGACCAAGUCGAGCUCCUACACAGCCGUGGGGGACGACUUCGCGAUCGAAUAUGGAUCCGGGUCUAUGGAGGGCUUCGUCUCGCAGGACUCCCUGGCCUGGGGCGACCUCACGUGCCCCGACCAGCAGUUCGCGGAGGCCGUCAAGGAGCCCGGCAUCGCGUUCGUGGCCGCUCGGUUCGACGGCAUCCUCGGAAUGGGCUUCAAGGAGAUCGCGGUCAACGGCAUCAACCCGCCCUUCUACAACCUGUUUGAAAAGGGCCUCGUCGACCAGGACGUGUUCUCGUUCUGGCUCAACCGCAACGAGGACGACGAGAACGGCGGCGAGCUCGUCCUCGGCGGCGUCGACCCCGCGCACUUCACGGGGGAGCACACGUGGGUGCCGAUCACGCACCCCUCCUACUGGCUGUUCACGAUGUCGGGCCUGACGGUGCCGGACAAGGGCGGGAGCUUCUGCGUGGGCGGCUGCAACGCCAUCGCGGACACGGGCACCUCGCUCAUCGCCGGGCCGCCUGAGGAGGUGCGCCAGCUGAACAAGCUGAUUGGCGCGCAGACGCAGACGACGCUUCUGGACCGCCUGGUGGCGCUGCGCGACGCGUGGCGCGCGAGGGAGGGUGCGGACGGCGACGAGGAGGGCAUGUCGCGCGAGCAGUGCUACGCCCGCGUUGGCGCGAUCGUGCCGAAGGUGUACAACAUGUGGACGAAUGAGACUCCCCUGGAGGUGUGCAUGGAGCUCAGGCAGUGCCCCGUGGGCCCGCCGGCGCGCGGGCGGGACCUGAAGGCGCGCGAGGCGGGCGCCGGCGCGUUCCUCGGCCACCGCAAGGUCGCGCCGGGCGCCGAGAAGCAGACGCACAGCGUGCACUUGCACAAGGGCGCGCACGGCAAGCUCGGCGGGAAAUUCCACCUCGGCGCGUCGCAGAAGACGUGCGACGUGUGCCAGGCGCUCGUGGCCAAGGUCCAGGAGUCGAAGCCGUGGUUCACGGAGGCGGAGCUCGAGGCCAAGCUCAAGCACUAUUGCGACAUGCUGCCGGAGGACCCCGAGGGCCCCGGCGCGCUGGACGCGGCGAUCUCCGCGCUCCAGGACGACCCCGACGGGCCCGGCGGGCAGGCGGUGGUAGACUGCGACGCGAUUCCCUCAAUGCCGGACGUGUCCUUCAACAUCGGUGGGCGGGAGUUCAAGCUGACUGCGGAGCAGUACGUGCUGGUCGUGGACGCAUUCGGGCAGAAGCAGUGCGUGUCGGGCUUCUUCGAGUUCCCCACGCCCGCGCGCAUCGGCCCGCUGUGGAUCCUCGGCGACGUGUUCCUGGGCCCGUACCACUCGGUGUAUGACAUCGGGAACAAGCGGGUCGGGUUCGCGGACGCGGCGUGA